AUGGCUCUGCCAUCUUCUGCAGGUACCUUCAGGCUCGAUUUUAUCGUCGCUGAAGAACCUGCCGGACACGACAACACCUCGACAACAAGCAAUUUCGCAAGUCAACGUGAACUUUACAACCAACCACCAUCUGUUUUGAGCGAUGCUCUGAAGAACAUCAACAACGCGGAGAAGGCUGGCAAGCGUCAGGUCCUCCUCCGUCCUUCCUCCAAGGUCGUCGUCAAGUUCCUUGAGCUCAUGCAGGCCCAAGGAUACAUUGGCGAGUUCGAAGAACUUUCGGACAACCGCUCCGGCAAGAUCGUCGUUCAGCUCAAUGGCCGUCUGAACAAGUGUGGCGUCAUCAGCCCUCGUUUCAACGUCCGCCUCGGCGAGCUCGAGAAGUGGGUGGUUCGACUCCUGCCUGCUCGUCAGUUCGGGCACAUUGUCCUUACCACCUCUUCUGGUAUCAUGGUUCAUGAGUCGGCUCGCCGAAAGCAUGUCUCCGGCAAGAUUAUCGGUUUCUUUUACUAG